AUGGAGGCUUACGGCGCAAAGCCAGUGGUUGGCAUGGACCAACCACUCAAUACCCUUCGAAACUCCGAUAUAAAUUUAAGCGCCGGUGACGUCGGCAUCUUAAAAUCUACCCUUCUACCAUCCUUCACCCUGCACACCGGCCUCACCCUCGCCAGUUAUGCUGCCGCGCGAGCAACAGACCGAGGCGAAAUCAAAGACUACAAUUGGCCCUCCAGCCAGGUCGCCAACGCCUGGUGGAGUGCUGUCGGCCGCCGCGUAUACUACGACAACAUCCCCUUCACAACCGCCUGGAACAUCCUACCCUGGACCGAGAAACUCCUGCUCAGCUCUGUGACUCUCUGGGGCACGCGCCUGUUCUACCGUAUUGUGUCGCGGUCUGUGAGCCGCGGUAAGGACGACCCGCGCUACGAUGAGUUGAAGAAGCAGGACAAGGGAUUCUGGAAUGCGGCUUUCUUUAAGCAAUUCUUGCCUGAGGCUGCAUUUUUGACAUUCAUCACGCUUCCUUUCACUCUGCCUUUCCGGAUGCCUUCGUCGACGCUCUCGGUUGAGCCGGAGGUGUCGUGUGCUCUGAGGACGCUAGGUGUGGGCUUAUUCAGUGCUGGUUUCGCUAUGGAGGCUUUUGCCGAUACGCAGUUGGAAUCGCACCGUCAGAAGCGGUCUGAUCUCUGCCGUAAUGGUGUGUGGAGUAUCGUGCGGCAUCCAAACUAUCUCGGCGACUCCCUCGUCCACUUCUCCUUCAUCAUCCUUAACGCCGCCAACAGCUUCAACCCCUUCAUUCUCCUUGGUCCACUCGCAAACUACGCAUACCUGCGCUUCGUCGGUGGUGACAAGCAGAACGAAGCGAGCCAGGAAUCGCGCUACAAGCUCAACGACCCGCACAAGUAUGAGCAGUUGCAAACUUGGCGAGCUGAGAAGAACAGCUUCUGGCCUAGCUUGACUGAGUUGGCGAAUCCGUGGACUUGGGCUGUUCUUGGGAGUGGGGUUAUUGGUGUUGUGCUUGAGGAAGGGGUUAGGUCUUAUUUUGCUUAG